UGUAUUUUUUUUCCCACUUUUUUUUUUCUUUUGAUUGCUUCCCUUUUUUACUACUUUUUUUUCGCCAAGAAAAAGAAAAAAGAAAAAGCGUAAACACCUUACAACCACAAAUACCAUAUUCUUUAUCUUUUAUUAUUAUACAACUUCUUUUCUUUCUCUUUUUCUCUUUGUACAUCUUAGUUUAUCAGUAUACCGUCCUUUCUCAAAUAAAGAAAGACACAAACCAAUAAUGUCCAACUCAGAAUUCCUCUCAAAAGCUAUUGAAAUAGUCAAAAAAGCGACAGAAGAGGAUCAUCGUGGAAACUACAAAGAAGCCUACGCACUAUAUCAAAAUGCCUUGGAUUAUUUUAUGACAGCUAUCAAAUAUGAAAAGAAUGAUCGUUUACGGGAACCUAUUCGAAAACGUUUUGUAGAGUAUUUGGAUAGGGCAGAAAUGUUAAAAGACUAUUUAAAUGAUGAAUCCAAGAAGAAACAACAAGAAGCCAUUGGGGCAAAUGGAUCACCAAAGAAAAAGAAGGGUGAUGGCAAUGAAAAUGAUACAGAUGAUGAUGAUCCUGAAAUGAAAAAGAUGCGAUCAAGUUUGACAGGAGCGAUUUUGACUGAAAAACCAAAUGUACGUUGGGAUGAUGUGGCUGGAUUGGAAGGGGCAAAGGAAGCUAUCAAAGAAGCUGUCAUACUCCCCAUCAAGUUUCCUCAUUUAUUCACUGGUAAACGACAACCUUGGCGUGGUAUCUUAUUAUAUGGACCUCCUGGUACUGGUAAAUCAUUUUUGGCAAAGGCUGUAGCUACUGAAGCAAAUUCAACCUUCUUUUCAGUAUCAUCUUCUGAUCUGGUAUCCAAAUGGCUUGGUGAAAGUGAAAGAUUGGUCAAACAGCUAUUCCAAAUGGCAAGAGAAAAUAAACCAGCCAUUGUAUUUAUUGAUGAAGUGGAUUCAUUGUGUGGGACUCGUGGUGAAGGUGAAUCUGAAGCAUCACGUCGUAUCAAAACUGAAUUCCUAGUGCAAAUGAAUGGAGUGGGUAAUGAUAUGGAUGGUGUUCUUGUACUUGGUGCAACCAAUAUUCCCUGGGCGUUGGAUUCUGCUAUUCGAAGACGAUUUGAAAAACGUAUAUAUAUUCCACUUCCUGAUGCUCUUGCUCGUGCCAAAAUGUUCGAAUUGAAUGUGGGUACUACACCUUGUAGAUUAUCGAUGGCAGAUUACAAACAAUUAGCAGAUUUGACGGAUGGCUAUUCUGGAUCUGAUAUUGCUAUUAUUGUUCGUGAUGCUUUGAUGCAACCUAUUCGAAUAGUACAAAUGGCAACACAUUUCAAAUGGGUAGAUGCACCAUCACGGCAAGAUCCUAGUGUGAUCAGUCCUCAUCUUACACCUUGUUCUCCUGGUGAUCCUACAGCUCAAGAAAUGACAUGGGUGGAUAUUGAACCUGAUCAACUAUUGGAACCUGAAUUGACCAUCCGCGACUUUCUCAAGGCUGUGCAAAAUUCUCGUCCUACAGUCAAUGGUAAUGAUAUUCAACAACACGUCGACUUUACAAAUGAUUUUGGACAAGAAGGAUGAUAGGCAAUAUAGUUUAGUUUAGUUUUAGUUUUUGAUAUUUGAAUAAAAUUGGAAAAGGAUACCGUGUUUUUAUACAGAUA